AUGGGGUGGUCGGGGAGGGAGUGCGGUGCGGUGCGGUGCGCAUACGACGGGAGCACCGGGGAGGCCGGGGCCGUCGAGAUGGAGCAAGUAACCGGAUACGCCAGUGAUGAUUCCGGUAGCGAUAAUGGAUCCUCGUCAUUGAAUGCGAACCAACCUUCCGGAGACAACUAUAUGAGUCAGGAUGAAUCGUACAGUGGUAAUCUACAUGGCAAUGAUGACGAUGAGGAAUAUGAUAUAGAUGAAAAAAUUUAUGCAGAUAGUGUGAGCCAGAUAAAUGCUAAUGGUGACAAUGAGCGUAAUAAUAUAGAUGAUGACAAUGCCGAGAGCGAGGUCGAUGCAUCUCGUAGUGGGAGCGGUUGCCAAGGAGGUGUUGAUGGUCCUAGCGGGAACGAUGAGCACAGCGAUGAUGAUCAGUUUGACCUUGACAUGUGCUAUGAUGAAUAUCAGCAAGAGUCACUUGAUAGGCAUUGGUCAGUGAUGGUAAAGACAUUCAGGUCAUUAGACGAGGUGUACAUGUUCUACAACAAGCACGCGAGAGAACGUGGGUUCAGCAUCAGGAAGGACUCGCUAAAACGUUCAAAGGAUCGUGCAAGGACUGUGCGCUUGAGGAGGUAUCUCUGUUCCGCCGCAGGAAAACGACAGGCCAAGUUCUGUACCAUGGAAGGUCGGACCCGCAGGCUUAGACCGGAGAGUCGAUUCUUCUACGAAGCCCAUUUGAAAGUUAAGCUUGAUAAAAAGCUUAAUCUUUGGUAUGUCAGCAGUUUCUUCGAUGAUCACAGCCACACUCUUGCACGACCGGACGAAGUCCCUUUCCUCCGAUCUCAUAAUCAGAUCAAAGCAUUUGAGAGAGCUGAGAUCUUAGCUAUGGCUGGAGCUGGGAUAAGAAAACAUAUCAUUUUUGACAACGUCGUUAGCAGGUAUGGGUCCUAUGCAAAGUCACCGUUUCAGAGGACAAAGCUGUAUAACAUGUGCUAUAGGGAGAAGAUGAAAUUGCUUGCACAAGGUGAUGCUGAUACUGCCAUAGGAAUCAUGUUGACCAGAAAGGACAGAGAUCCAGACUUCUUCUUUGAGCACACAGUUGACGCUGAAGGCAGGCUCCAAAACCUGUUCUGGUGUGAUUCGCAGUCACGCCGGGAUUAUCUAGACUAUGGUGAUGUUGUCGUCUUCGACAGCACAGACAAGAUGAACAUGUAUGGAAUGCCGUUCAUCCCUUUUGUGGGUCUGAACAACCACCGUUGCACUACGGUAUUCGCAUGCGCCAUUGUUUCAGACGAGACUGAGGCUACAUAUGUUUGGUUGCUUAACACGUUCUUGAAAGCUAACUGUCAGAAGAGGCCCAAAUCUGUAAUUACCGAUGGAGAUGCAGCGAUGAUAAGGGCUAUCAGGAAGGUGCUUUCUGAUCUGUGGCAUCGUCUAUGUUCAUGGCAUAUUGAAAAGAAUAUGCAGAAACACCUCAACCACAAGUCAUUGAAGGAGUUCAGGGCAUUAUUGUACUAUGCCACUACACAUAAGGUUUUUGAGGAGAGAUGGGCCGCGUUUGUGCGCAAAUGGCAGACGGAGAGAAUGAAAACAUGGCUCCAUAGGAUGUACAGGAAGAGGACGCUUUGGGCUGCAUCAUAUUUGUCUGGUGGGUUUUUCCUUGGUAUGCGCAGUAAUCAGAGGAGUGAGAGUCUGAACUCCAGCCUGCACCUUCAUCUUGACUAUGGUAUGACGAUCGUUGACAUGAUUGUACACUACGAGAAUUGUAUUGUUCGCCUCCGUGAGAAUGAAGCUUAUGAUGACUACACGGCCUCACAGACUCUUCCAGUAACAGUGACUGAGUGUCAGGCCAUUGAGUCGUAUGCUGCGAAAGCAUUCACGCAGGCAAACUUUUAUAUGUUGCAACAAGAUAUGAAGAAGGUACAGGAGCUUGAGGUAAUUGAUAGACUGACAGGGACCGAUAGUCAGAGAUUUGUGGUUGCGUGGAAGAAUAACAGGGAUCACAGAUUUAAUGUGGACUAUACGCCAGAUUCUCAAAAAAAGCACGAGCUGGACUGCCCGUGA